AUGCCGGGCAGGGCGACCGGGGCACUCAGCAGCGAGGCCAGCCCGGGACUCCCCACCACUACCACCGCCGCCGCACGGACAUUUGUCCCGGUGCUUGAGGAUGUUGGUGUUGCUGCCGCUCCCCUCCCGCUCCUCGCCCUGCCCUUACCGCCAGCGCCGCCGCCCGCUCGCCAUUUCAAAUCCGCCCGCCCGGACGUCCCUCAGAGCGUCCCACGGAACUGCCUCAUGGAGGAGCCGCGGGCGGAGCAGCGCCCAGAGGAGGGAACGGAGGGGACGAGGGAACGGAGGAGAGGAAGAGCGACCGGAGGGGACGAGGGAACGGAGGGGAGGAGGAGGGAACGGAGGAGAGGAGGAGCGAACGGAGGAGAGGAGGAGCUGAAGCCCCGGAAGUGCUCAGGGACGGGCCAUGGCCGUACAGCGACAUGGCGGCGCCCGCGGGGACUUAGGAUGUCCAUGGUACAUGGUCUGACAGUGGGAUGGCUUGUGGAUCAUCUCUCUUUCAUCAACCAGUGUGGCUAUGAGAUCUGUGACUCCUUUGCACACCCUGGUGGUGUCACUCACAGCACUUCUGUCACAUCUACUGAAGACUGUUACAGUAUUUCUACUUUUGCUGCCACGCCCUCAUCAAGCGAUGGUCCUCCUUUUGAUCCCGGAGAUGCCGUAGAAGCAGAAGAAAGGUGAAAGGAAAUGUCUAUUCAACCAAGGUGAACUGGAUGCUUUGGAAUACCAUUCAAAUCUUGUUCCACUGGUGCAAAGAAGGAAAGGGAAAGGAAGUUCAAUCUCUCCAAUCCUUACAUGAAUUCAUGUUUACAAAGUAGAUCUUCUAUGUAGAUACAUGUGAAAUUGCAUCUGAGACAUUACAGAGAGCUGGAAGCUGCAUUCACAAAGUAACUUGUACUGCUAUAGAUAACUGAACAUUAUGUUGUGAUGAGUUGAAUAUUAGGAAGUGAUCGAUUUGA